GUGGUGACAAUGCCAGAGUAUCUGAAGAAGCGUUUUGGUGGCAAACGAAUUCAGAUUUACCUGUCAAUCCUUUCUCUGUUACUGUAUAUUUUCACAAAGAUCUCAGCAGACAUAUUCUCUGGAGCUGUAUUUAUACAGCUGGCUAUGGGACUGAAUCUUUAUUUGGCCAUAAUUAUCCUGCUUGCUAUUACUGCUCUUUACACCAUCACAGGUGGCCUGGCAGCUGUGAUUUACACAGAUACCCUACAAACAUUUAUCAUGGUAGUGGGAUCCUUUAUUCUCAUGGGAUUUGCGUUUUCCAAAGUCGGAGGGUAUGAAGCUUUUGUGAACAAGUACAUGGCUGCAAUUCCAUCCAAUAUCUCCUAUGGAAAUACCACAAUUGAUGCACAAUGCUAUUCUCCUCGGAAAGAUUCCUUUCACAUCUUCCGAGAUCCCAUCAAUGGAGACCUGCCGUGGCCAGGGCUUGUCUUCGGUUUGAGCAUCCUUGCUCUGUGGUACUGGUGCACAGAUCAGGUUAUCGUCCAAAGAUGUCUCUCUGGCAAGAACAUGUCCCACGUGAAGGCUGGCUGCAUCCUGUGCGGAUACCUGAAGCUCUUGCCUAUGUUUCUCAUCGUGAUGCCGGGAAUGAUCAGCCGAAUUUUGUACCCAGAUGUGGUGGCUUGUGUCGUGCCUGAAAUCUGUCAGCAGUACUGUGGCACCUCAGUUGGCUGUACAAAUAUUGCUUAUCCCAAGAUGGUAGUAGAGCUUAUGCCAAAUGGUCUGCGGGGUCUGAUGUUGGCAGUCAUGUUGGCCUCCCUUAUGAGCUCUUUGACAUCCAUUUUUAACAGCGCUAGCACUCUGUUCACUAUGGACAUUUACACCAAGAUUCGACCACGAGCAUCCGAGAGAGAGCUCAUGUUAGCAGGAAGGGCAUUUAUGGUACUUUUAAUUGCUAUCAGCAUUGCCUGGGUUCCUAUGGUACAGUCAGCGCAAAGUGGGCAGCUCUUUGAUUAUAUUCAGUCAGUCACUAGCUACCUGGGACCACCAAUUGCUGCGGUCUUCCUGCUCGCUGUCUACUGCAAGCGAGUCAAUGAGCAGGGUGCCUUCUGGGGCCUCAUCAUUGGGCUGCUAAUUGGACUUGCUAGAAUGUGUGCAGAGUUUGCCUAUGGAUCUGGCAGCUGUGUGAACCCUUCCAAAUGCCCAUUCAUCAUCUGUGGGAUUCAUUACCUUUACUUUGCAAUAAUUCUCUUUGGGAUUAGCUUCGUCAUCAUCCUGGCAGUCUCCCUAAUGACCAAGCCAAUUCCUGAUGUACACCUUUACCGUUUGUGCUGGACUUUGCGGAACAGCAAAGAGGAACGUAUUGAUCUUGACGCAGAUGAGCAGGAGAAACCUGAUGAAAAAGAUGUGGAAUCAGUUACAGAGGGAAAUGAAGAAGAGCCAGGAUGCUUAAAGAAAGCCUACAACUGGUUCUGUGGCUUAGAUCAGCAAAAAGGAUCCAAGCUGAGCAAAGAGGAGGAGGAAGCAAUGAAGAGGAAACUGACUGACACUUCAGAAGUGCCACUUUGGAGAAAUGUCGUGAAUAUCAAUGGCAUCAUCCUAUUGACCGUGGCUGUAUUUUGCCAUGCCUUUUUUGCAUAG